UCUUCCUAACUUUACUCUCUUUGUCUCCACCACCUACAACCCUAACUUCUACUGCGUAUUUCUUUCUUCUUCGAUGGGGAACCUGAUUUCUCCAGUGAGGGGGAACCUGUUUUCUUCAGUGAGGGGGAACCUGUUUUCUUCAGUGAGGGGGAACUUCAGCAAGCUUCCAUUAGACGAGAUUAGAAGCAUUUUAAGUAGGUUGCCAUUAGAGACAUUAAAGGAGUGUCGGCUGGUUUGCAAAGAAUGGAGGAACACGAUUUCUGAACCAACCUUCGGUAAAGUGAAUUUACCUCAUCUUAUCAAGCUUCAAUCCCGUAAGUUAAGCUUUCUCGUCUUCAAUAUUGAGCUAAACUUUCAUUAUUUUGAUUAUAGAGAUAGCGAGAGAACUAUCAAUCUUAGAGAAAUCGAAGGUUUUUCUUCUUUAGAUCACUUAUCCUACAAGCAUACAAAUAUACUUGGUUCAUUUAAUGGGAUUGUAUGUAUUCAUUGCUGGCAGAAUGAUACCACUUGUAUUCUCAAAUCUCAAUCCAUUCCUAAGAGAAUGCAAAUUCCUACCACGAAUUCGAGACAAGUACAUGACCUAUACCCAUCUGUCGUGCGGAUUUGGUUACAUUUCGUCGACAAAACAGUACAAGAUCGUUUCAUUAUAUCAGGCACAUGUUAAUGGUGGUUCUAUAGAAACUCUUGUCUACACUCUUGGCAGUGGCUUGGGGUGGACAAGUAAUGGGACGUAUGCUUUAGAGGAUCCUCCUUGGGGUUUCGAACAAGUUCCGCCUGUUUUUGCUAGGGGUGCUCUCCAUUGGAGGAACACUGUAGAUGGAGGUAUCAUAAUCUUUGAUUUGACCAAGGAGACACUUAUUUUUGGUCUUGAGCUACCUGAUUUUCCAGAAGGGGUUCCACUAAACGAUCACUCAAUAGGGGUUUCCAAUGGGAACAUACACUAUGCUCUCCGAGAAAAAAAUACAUAGCUCCAUAUAUCAGAUAUGUGUAAUAGGCAAUGAAAACUAUCUUGAUGCCCAGGGUGGAAAUGUUACAUUGAAUUGGACUGUUAAAUUACGUCUCUGGGAAUCUAAGCUGUUUGCCAUUACUCAGAGUGGGAAUGCUUUAUGUAUCAGUCGUUGGGCUGUCCUCAUGUAUGAUCGAAGUGCUCUAGCCUGUCUCAUGGAUGGUACAACUGGCUCAACGGUCUGCACAGAGCUUGCGACAGUCUUUGGUUUAAGAAGUGUUAUCCCACAUAUGAACUCCUUACUAACACUGGAAGAUAUAGGAGAAAAAAAUGCAAGACCGAUGCUGUCACUCGACGACAAGCUGCAAGCAAGGUCUGAGCUCUGCUAACUUGAGGUUGAUGGAAACAUUUUUUGGUUCCUUGGUGCAGUGAGUAACAUAACGAUAAUAGUAAUCAUAUGCCAAUUCUUCCGCAUCCAAUUUCAUACCAAUUUCUGGCAGUUCUUUGUUAAUAUUGUGUAUCUGGCCUUCAUUCAUUGAAAAUCAUUUCUUGCAGACAAGUUAUCAUGUUCUUCAAAAAUCACCAUAACCUGGUUCGAGAAUACAAUAGAAAUUUUACAAGAAAAUUAUUUUCGGUAUGACAUAUGUAUACAGGCCAUC